UCUCUUCCUUGCUGCUGCUUUUUCCUCCUUUUUUUUUUUUUUUGCUGCUGCUGCUGCCCGCCUGCCCUUUUAUAGCUUACGGAGAAGCUGGGAAAGAAGAAUCCACUUUGGCUUUUUGCUUUUAAAAGAGGGGGGAGAAAAAAAAAAGUCUUGUCCCAACAAGAUAAUUGGGUCACACCAAUAAGAAGGCCAACAUGCUUCAGGGGAUUCAGGAGUUUGGCUCAAACGCCAUGGAUAUCUAUGACUACCUCUUGGCAGGAAUCGAUCCACGGCUGAAGGAUUAUGCGUUUAUGCAGAGUCCUAUUCCCAUGACGGGGAUAUUGCUGGCCUACCUUUUCUUUGUACUGUACCUGGGACCUCGCAUCAUGGCCAAUCGGAAGCCCUUCCAGCUGAAGGAAGCCAUGAUAGUCUACAACUUUCUGCUAGUGGGGCUAUCAGUAUACAUCGUGUAUGAGUUCCUCAUGUCUGGAUGGGCCACAACGUAUACCUGGAGAUGUGACGCAGUUGAUACCUCAAACAGUCCUCAAGCCCUACGAAUGGUCCGAGUAGCUUGGCUCUUCUGGUUCUCCAAGAUUAUUGAGCUGAUGGACACAAUGUUCUUUGUGUUGAGGAAAAAGCACGGCCAGAUCACAUUCCUGCACAUCUUCCACCACUCGUUCAUGCCCUGGACCUGGUGGUGGGGAGUCGGCUAUGCUCCCGGUGGAAUGGGAUCUUUCCAUGCGAUGGUGAACUCCUCCGUCCACGUCAUCAUGUAUUUCUAUUACGGUCUCUCCGCUGCUGGACCAAGGUUUCAGAAGUUUUUGUGGUGGAAGAAAUACAUGACUGCCAUUCAGCUGACCCAGUUUGUCCUGGUAUCUCUCCACGCCACCCAGUAUUACUUCAUGGACAGCUGCGACUACCAGUUCCCCAUGAUCCUCCACCUCAUCUGGAUGUACGGAACCUUCUUCUUCGUGCUCUUCUCCAACUUCUGGAUUCAGGCUUACGUGAGGGGCAAGCGGUUGCCGAAGCAGGACGUUAAGCAGUGCCAGAACGGCAAAGCUGCAUACACGAACGGCAAGCACCACGAGAACGGCACCAGCAACGGUGUCGGCCACGGACCCUCCAACGGCACCAGCAACGGCUCGGCCCACCACGAGAACGGCAGCACUCACAUGGGCAAGAUGAAGAAGGCCUAGGAACUCUGGAAGGAAACGCCCAAGACGUAUGAUCUGUUGAAACUACUACAAAUUCCAAAGAUAAUUUUGGCUGUUUCUUUCUUCUUUUUAGUUUUGUAUGCAAAACAUGGGAGAGCGAUGUGGUCGAUGAUUUCCACAGUUGGGGGUCCCACGUUCAGUUGGUUGGUUUGUUCGUUUCUUUGCAUUGGGGAGCCAUUUAUGGAACAUGAUGUAUGAAGAGAAGAUGUUUUGACCUAAAUGUUAUCUUCACUGAUGUUGCAAACAACCUCGUAUUUCAGUAUCACUCUGGUGGCCUUUUCUCCCCACUUACCUUCACUGCUUUUUCUGACCCUCCUCACUCCCCCCCCUGUGGACAGAUGACUGUACAGUUUCUAUCAGACUUGAACAUACAUUUUUGUAAAUAGUUUUACAGCAAACGGAGAAAAAAAAAAUAACUAAUUGUAUUGGUAUGCUUUAGACUUUCUAAAUUUUGUUACAUUGUGUAUUUAAAAAUUAAAAUGCCAAUAAAUUCCAAUUUAAAUUAUCUCGUUUUA